ACACACACACGUGUGUGUGUGUGUGUGUGUGUCGAGAGAACUACUUCUCCUCUCUUUGCUUUAUAAUAUUAUGAAUACAGUUCUACAAUAAUCGCACUUUAUCGUCCAAGGGGCGACUCCCUUCUUCGGAAAGAGGAACGUAUGUAAAGUAGUUUAUAAAAUAAUUUACUCAACAGCUGUGUCGGUCCAAACACUUGCGACUUCUCCGUCUCUUACGUUCCCUUGAUUGUCUCUUCGGGUUCCUUUUGUCAUUUCGGAAUCUUGCAUUGUUACUACAAUCGUACGCAACCGUCGGUUUUUCCGCGACAAUUGAACUCACUUCACGUGUAAUGGGUGUAACACGAUAUGAAUACAAUGUAUGUCUGAGCCUCGCCACAGACAAUUGUAGAUUACAGAUCAUGCCGUUACUGAUAAUCGUACUCGUUGUGAACACGCAUUUGCUGAAAACUAAACGUUCUCCACUGCCGGGGGAGAGAAAGUCGGGGAGGAGAUGAAAUGAGCGGGAACGGAAUUCGAAAUGUGACCAAAGCAACGGUAAAAGUAUCAAUACCUGAGCAUACACUCGAUCCCGCACAUUCAUAUUUUGGUCUUUAAAUACGAACAUUUGCACUUCCAACAUAAAAUAUACAGGAUGAGUCAAGAACUAUUGCCACUUGGAAUAUCUUCGAAGCAAAAAGCAAAGGUGAUCUUCAGAUUUUCGGAAAUUAGAGAACUUGGAAGAAAAGCACCAUUCUGUUUUUCUUCCGAGUGGAAUAACUUCACGAUCUGAAAGUCAACCUUGCUUCUUACUUCAAUGAUAUUCCAGAUGGCAGAUAUAAUUACCGACUCACCCUGUGUAUACAUAUAUUGCGUAUAUACAUGUAUUAUAUAAUGACAGAUGAAGUAUUUGUAUUCAAAGAUCAAAACAACAAGAAUAUAUUCAGGAUCAGGCACUUGUCCGGGCAGUGAUACGUUUACCUUAGCGGACAGUGGAUUACUUUAGCUUUGCGCGAAUCUUCCCUUCAGUGUUAGCUUUCGAGCGCACUCGGGCCAUCAGUUUUCAACUUGUUAACCUGUGUGAUGUGAAAGUUGUGUGAAAAUGACAAUUAAAAGUACUGACAACAUGGAUUCUUUUUUUGUCAAUCGGUUUAUCAGCGAUUAGCGACACGCGGCGUGUAAAAUCGCGCAAUGAGACUUCGGUUUCAUGUUGCUUCCCAUGAUCGAAAGGCAAACAGUGAGAGAAAAUCGCGACAAAGUGUAUAAUUAUGAUGUUCAUCACGUGGCGAUGCGGAGCUAUUCGGGGCCUUAGAAGGACGAUUCGAAGGAAAAAUCGAUAUCAUGAUGCCUGAUUUUUCAACUUGUACAACUUGUACAACUUGUUCGACGAAGUUGCAGUUGCGUGCUGCCGGGACGGGAAUCGUUCGUCGGCUAUUCUGCAAUGGCACCGUCGUGUCCGAGUGCCCUCACGCACAGAACAUUGCAUCUUCGCGCAUCAAAUCAUACGACGAGGUGCCGGGUCCGCGGCCGAUACCGCUUCUUGGCAACGCUUGGCGACUGUUGCCGCUGAUCGGCCAGUAUCAGAUCUCGGAUACUGCGCGUAUCUCGCAGAUGUUCUACGACGAAUACGGCAAGAUCGUGCGGUUAGGCGGAUUGAUGGGUCGGCCCGACCUACUUUUUGUGUAUGACGCCGACGAAAUCGAGAAAGUGUAUCGGCAAGAAGGACCCACACCUUUUAGACCUUCCAUGCCUUGUCUAGUGCAUUACAAGAGUAUCGUACGCAAGGACUUCUUCGGCGAGUUACCCGGAGUUGUCGGUGUGCACGGCGAACCUUGGAAGGAGUUUCGUACGCGCGUUCAGAAGCCCGUCCUUCAGCCGCAAACUGUAAGGAAAUACAUAACGCCUAUUGAAGUGGUCACAGGGGAUUUCAUCACGAGAAUUGAAGAAAUCAAAGCGGAUGACGGUGAAUUGCCGGCCGAUUUCGACAACGAGAUACAUAAGUGGGCUCUCGAAUGUAUAGGCCGGGUCGCAUUGGAUGUCCGGCUCGGCUGUUUAGGAGGUACCUUGCCGCCGGAUUCCGAGCCACAAAAGAUAAUUGACGCUGCUAAGUUCGCGCUGAGGAAUGUAGCCGCGCUCGAGCUCAAAGCUCCUUACUGGAGAUACAUCCCGACGCCCCUAUGGAGCCGUUAUGUGCGCAACAUGAAUUAUUUCGUCGAGAUAUGCAUGAAGUAUAUCGACGCCGCGAUAUUCAGACUUAAGAAGAAGAAAGCUGUUGACGAGAGCGACUUAUCGUUGGUGGAGAGAAUCUUAGCCAAAGAAGCGGAUCCCAAAAUAGCUUACAUUUUCGCUCUCGACCUGAUAUUAGUCGGCAUUGAUACGAUAUCGAUGGCGGUGUGUUCGAUAUUGUAUCAAUUAGCCAUCAGACCGGAAGAACAGGAGAAGAUAUACCAGGAGCUGCUGCAAAUAUUACCGGAUCCUUCCGUUCCCCUUACAACGAAGCAUUUAGAACAAGCCAUCUACAUGAAGGCUUUCAUCCGUGAAGUAUUUAGAGUUUAUUCCACUCUUAUUGGAAACGGCAGGACAUUACAGAGUGACACCGUCAUUUGUGGCUAUAAAAUUCCAAAAGGAGUUCAAGUCGUGUUUCCUACGCUCGUCACCGGUAACAUGGAAGAAUACGUAGCAGACGCGAAGACGUUCAAGCCUACGAGGUGGCUUAAAGAAGCCAGUGACGAGAGGUUGCAUCCGUUUGCAUCCUUGCCGUACGGUUACGGGGCGCGAAUGUGCUUGGGCAGGCGAUUCGCGGAUCUCGAAAUGCAAGUACUACUCACAAAGCUCCUGAGAUUGUAUAAGCUAGAAUACCACCACAAGCCGCUGAAGUAUAAGGUCACGUUCAUGUACGCGCCUGACGGAGAGCUCAAAUUUAAAUUAAUAAAAAGAUAACCCUUGAAUGAAUCAUAGGGAAUACAAUAGAGUUAAGUGGAUCUUAGCGGUUCACUGGAAUUAAGAUAUAUCGGGAAAGGUAGCAGGUGAAUAUUUUGCCAAUGAGUAAUUAAAGUCACGCACGAUAGUUAUUUCUUUCUCUUUUCAAAUUAAUCUAUAUUUAUCUUCCACUUCCUUUGUUUUUUACAACGGACAUACUUUGCACGCAUUGGGCUAUAAUUAAGGUAUAUAUUUUUAUAUUUCUUAUUAUUAUAUAUAAAAAUUGACUGUCAAACGUAAAAUAUAUCGCAUUUAUAUAUA